CAUGACUAAUUUUUGAGGCACGUCAUAUCUAAAUGUGGGCUUGCCCAAUAAACCUGUAAAGUCAAGCUGAGGGCAAGACAACAAGCAAAUCAUCACGCCUCUGUAGCUGAGUACAUUAAUUGGCUGCGUUUCUGACUGACUCUAGAUAAGCAAAAUGAGUAAAGAAGACGAAUAUGACUUUCUGUUUAAGGUUGUGUUAAUCGGGGACUCUGGUGUGGGAAAGUCCAACCUCCUUUCUCGGUUCACUCGCAAUGAAUUCAAUCUGGAAUCCAAGUCGACCAUCGGUGUAGAGUUUGCCACCAGGAGUAUUCAAGUGGACACUAAGACCAUUAAAGCUCAGAUCUGGGACACAGCUGGUCAAGAGCGAUACAGAGCAAUCACUAGCGCUUACUACAGAGGUGCCGUGGGUGCUCUCCUGGUCUACGAUAUUGCCAAACACUUGACAUACGAGAACAUUGAACGGUGGUUGAAGGAGCUGAGAGAUCAUGCGGACUCUAAUAUUGUCAUUAUGGUAGUGGGUAACAAAUGUGACUUGAGACAUCUCAGAGCAGUGCCCACAGAUGAGGCCAAGGUGUACGCAGAAAAGAACGGACUGUCCUUCAUAGAGACCUCAGCUUUGGACUCAACCAACGUAGAGGAUGCUUUCCAGAAUAUCCUAACAGAGAUCUAUCACAUAGUCAGUCAGAGCUCCACAGCAAACGAUGCACCGUCAGCACCUGAGUUAGGAGAGAGGACCACUAUUAAACCUACCGAAGGUGACCAGCAAGUGGGAGGAGGGAAGAAGUGCUGUGCAAAAUAGAACUCCUAGAGAACCAUUUCACAUAAUUAGUUUGACUUUUAGAGCUGUUCUUUUAUUAUUAAACUUAAACAGAUUGGUUGUACAAUGUACAUCUCAUAAAUUAUUAUACUGAUUGUUUAUUUCACAACUUUAUAAUUAUGUCCUGUGAACAGGAUUAUUACUUUGGUUUUCCUUUCAAUAAUAUUGUCAAACGUCCUA